AUGCCAAGAGGUCCACGAUUCGCCGGGAAGACCGUUAUUGUAACUGGCUCGAGCAGUGGAAUGGGCAAGGAGAUGGCCCUGAACUUUGCAAGCGAAGGGGCCGCUGUCGUUGUUCAUGGACAGAGGGACGAGCGGCUUAGGGUAAAUUUAGGAUGUUUUUCUUAUAAACAAGUAACAUUAUGUGAUUUUAACCUUGCCUAAGCUCGUGUUAUUUAUGUUUAUAGGAAGUGAAAGAAGCCCUGAAAGAUCUCGGAAUCCCUGACAAGAAGUAUCUUGUUGUUAAAGGUCCUAUUCAAGAGGCAGAAACACAAGACAAGUUAGUAAAUGAAACUCUUAAGAAGUUCGGCCAAAUUGAUGUCCUCAUUAACAACGCCGGAGUGUCGCAUCUCACUGGAUCUGAUCCAAAUUCUGUUGAAAGUAUGGACUAUGUCUACAAUGUCAACUUUAGAAGGUAAGGUUUGAAUUGGAGAAAGAGAUGCGUAGAAAUUUAAGUCUCAAAUCUAGGCUAAAUAGCAACGUAAAGUAAAUGAGCAUUUUAGCGUUUAUACUCUGACCGACAAAAUCCUUCCUCACUUGAUCAAGACGAAAGGGAAUGUCGUUAAUAUCUCAUCAGUGGGUUCGCAGCGCGUUUCCGAACGUGUGCUGCCAUAUACCGCGUUAAAAGCGGCUCUUGACCACCUGACUCGAGGACUGGCCUUAGUAAACGCUCAAUAUGAUGUGCGUAUCAACACCGUAAGCCCGGGCGGGAUUCACACCGAGUUCUUGACACGCCAUGGAAUGACUCAAGAGGCUGGAAGACAAGCAGAGGAAUAUUAUGCAGAUAGAGUGAUUCCUUUGCGAAGAUAUGGGCACCCGAAGGAGUUGGCCAACAUGGUGUUGUUUUUGGCCAGCGAUGAGGCGAGCUACAUUACUGGUGCCAACAUGAUCGUUGAUGGCGGCGUUUUGGCUGGGGUGCCAAGCAAGACCUGGGAACCUAAGAUUCAACAAAGAGCAGUAAAAUAA